ACGAGCAACCUCGCAGUCCAGUGCGAGGCGUCGUCGGAGUAACAUCGCGCGUCACGCGUCAAUCCUUUCGUUCACGAUUUUUUAAUUCGAUCUUCUGCCAAUAUUUUUCUUCAAAUUCUGAACGAAAAACAUAUUCAGUACCGAUCGGAAUCAAGGCAAAUAACAACGAAGAAAAACGAGAAUGGUCAACCGUGUUCGUUAACGGCGGGAAUUCUUGAAUCUCGGUGGUCAAAUAGCAAAGUGCAUCUGCAUCUCUCAGGCGUUCGCUCGUUUGAUUCUCAAGGAUCUCUUCGGUAAACUCGUUCGGAAUAAUAUUUCACUGGCCAGAGAGGGGGAACGGGAGAGGGGAACAGGACUUUGAGUCGUUUUCUAAAGAACGAAAUAGCGCGGCACGUUGCAACAAGUCCUUCGAUACGCCACACUUUUCUGCUUGCCCCUGUGUAACCUACCCUUCUCGUAACGGUCAAUUGUUCCAUUUCGUACCGCGAGGGAGAGAGUGAGAAGGAAAGAGGGAGAAAACAGGCGAACAGCAUUCGGUGCAGAGUGUAUCGAGGAAAGUUUCGUUUGCCGUUUCACGGUCAACCUGUUAGUCAUGUGGGAACGGUAAAAACUGCUCGGGCAGGAACUCUGGAAGAGCAGUUUCUCGGAAACGGACGUCGGAAUGGUAAUAACGACGCGGUAAAACCUGCUUCUAUGUAGCUUCAAGCAAGGAUACACGACGCUCCGACGAUCGUCCUUUCGGUCGUGCCUACGCUGUGAUGUUUAUUUACCGGUUUUAUAAACGGUGCGUUCUCAUACGUGUGUGCAACGUCGUUUCGUUCGUACACGGUCGUGUAAAAAGACAGGGUGCUUAAAAACUCAAGACUAAAACUGAAAAAAAAAAAAAAAGAGAAAAUUGAUCUAACGACGUAACCAUGCGGCACUUUCGGAACGUAUCCUGGGGAUGGCACGAUAAGAAGAUGGAUAUGAGCAUAUUUCUCGUUAAUGGACUUUCGAUGCUGCUCUUGGUUGUCGGUAUCGUCCCAGAAGCAACGGUCCUCGGAUCUAACCCGACGUUGAUCCUGGACCAGGAUCUACCUUUGAAGACCUGCAGGUACAGCAAGGCGUACUCGAUGUUUCAGGUUCGUUGCAGCAAUCUGGGUCUCAACGAUAUUCCAUCCACCCUGAAAACAGACAUACAAAUUUUAGACGCCUCGGUGAACAGAAUUCGAAAGCUGACCAACGAUAGCUUAGCAGCGUACAAAACCCUCUCGUACCUAUACCUGGGCGACAAUUUCAUCCAGGACAUCCACGAGGGGGCAUUCAGUAAUCUCCAGUACUUGGAAGUGUUAGACCUAUCGAAGAACGGAUGCCGCGAUCUGCCCAGGAAUCUCUUCCAGUUACCUUACCUCCGGAAGGUCUACCUCUGCGACAACAAGCUAGACGACGUAGUGUUCAGGCGAAUGGACGUAAGGUCACCUCUGACUUUCCUGCAACUCUCCAAGAACAACCUCUGCAGGAUACCUCAGCUCGGUCCUGUACCAUCGCUAGCGCACCUGAACGUCUCCGAUAACUGCAUCGCUGCAGUUUCGCCGGAGGACCUGGCACCUUUCUGCUCCCUGAAGCUCCUCGAUCUAUCCGGCAAUCCGAUCAAGUUCGACGCGAACGAAUGCGAGUGUCUCGCGUUCAACGCGUGGUUGAAUGCUCGUGGGAUUCACUCGAAUCCCGUGUUCAACUGCACGGACGAGGAGGAACGUGGAUGCUCGCCGAGGCAGGAGUUCAGCAACAAAACCUCGGAGCUCUACGAACGGUGCUCGGAGAUUCUGCGAUUUCAGAUAGAAACGGAGAAGGCGAGAACCACGUGGAUAGUGGUCGCCUGUUGCAUCGCCGCGUUCCUCUUCUGUUUGUUCAUCAGCCUCCUCUGCGUCCACAAGAAGAACAAGCGGAAGAAGAGGAGGCUGAAAGAGGAACAGAGGCUGAACGCGAACAACGCCAACACCGAGCUGUUGAACAGUAAUCUGAAUCAACCUGAGAACACUUGAACUUUCGACAACGAAAUCUGUUGUCUGCAGGUGUGUGCCGUUGUGCAGGAGCGAAUGAAUUUCUAGAAGACUGCGCGAGCUGGAUGAUUUGGUGAACGUGGAACAUCCGGUAACAGGUGGCUGAAACCGACAAGAAAUCGAUUUUACAUAAACGGGCGUCGAGAACAGAGGGUAAAAUUUGUGAUAAAACAGGUCGUAUUCUCCUUGAUUUAGCCUUUGUAUUUACCAAUCCACGUUAUGAAAGAUUAAGCCGUAAAAGUGAUUUCACUGCUGUGCUAUACAACAUUUAUAAGGCUCUGAUUUGAAUAAUCCAUUUGGUCGAGAACGAAACCUCCACAAAUUUUAUCCUACAUUUUCGAAACAUUUCUAAAGAACGUUACCGUUCAGCGAGUUACAAGAGAGCGAAAGAAUCAGUGAGCGAGUAAAUGAGAGAAAGAGAAAAUAAAAUCGCGGUUAAACCCACAAAUACUUAGGUCUGACAAAAGAUACUCGUAUUACGAUUAUGGCACAAGUUUGUCAGCGAUUUACGCGAGGUUCGAUCGAAAACCGAUACGCUGAAUCGUUGCCCUUCGUGUUUUCAACCAGCAACCAAGCAAUGAAACCUGCGUUGUUCACGGAUACAGAAUUUCGAUAUUAGCGAAACACGUAAACUGAUGAGAGUCGAUUCAUUUUAAUCUAAUUUCAACAUGUUUGCGGUCCAUUUGAAUUCUAUACAUUUCAUCCAAUUCCCUAAUGGAACUAAUUUAUUUUCAAUCGAUGUACUUGACGUUACAACAGUGUACUGGAAUGCAGCGAUUAACGAAAAGCUGAUAAAUCUGUUAACUAUAAAAAGUUACCUAAUAUUGGACUUGUACUUAGCACCGUACCGACUUCAUAGCCCACCACUGCUCGUCGAGAAUGCUUUUCUCUAUCCACGUAUUGUACAAAAUCCCCCGUCUACCUAUUUGCGUAAAUUACAGUUGCGUGCGCAUUGAUGGUUAUAUGGAAUUGUAAUAACAUGUACGAUUCUAAUUAGGUCGCGUGUAAAUGUUUGGACGAUCUUAGUUUCAAGCGUCAACCGCUUGACUGUCUGCCAUGUGACAUUCAUUUCUCUCAAUCAAGUCUCCGUUGAAACACGAAAAAAAAAUCAGUGAUCGUUGUGCACUUUUAUACACUAAAAAACUUUCAACGUAAAUGGACAGUCGAGCGGUUAAUUGCUUGCGACUGAAAGGGAAUAUAUAAAUAAAGCUACGAACAAAUAUUCCUGUUUUUACGUUAAGCGAAACUCCAUGUUGUAGAUAUAUGUAUAUUAUAUAUUAAUAUAUUAAUAUUAUUCUAUUUAUUUAUAUUUACCGAGAGAAAAAAUUCUCUAGUUUUUUUUUUUUUUUGCGAGACAUCCACGCGACAACGAUGUGCCAUUUGUUUUUCUUCAUUUUUAAAGAGCGUAUUACUUUAACCAGGAGUGCGAAUUAAAUGUAAUCGUCGUGCUUUCCUGUAAAAGAUGCCAAAUGUUAACCCGUCGCUGAAAAACAAAGGCAAAAUUAAAAAAUAUGUCCCGUGGUGUCGGAAAAUUGAUACACCAGUUCCUAGUAAUUGUACGAUUUCCCUUCGGUUACCUUGUUUCCGUGGGAAACACCCGUUCAAUCUUCAGCGAGUGAAAAACAUAUCUUUUUUAGUUGAUUCUCAAUGGAAAUCUUGUAUAAGUAAGACUAAAACUGAUUCAAUGUCUGCCAGUAAAUGAAAAUUCUUAUUGUUAGUAUAUGAGCGCGUUGUGUACUUAAACUGUACUCUUAAUACUUUUCUAUUGACUUUUCUUUAACUUUUAAUAUACGGUAAGAAUGUAACUCCGUAGGUUGUACAAAAAUGUUACCAACAAUUGGAUGAACUCUACCAAAUAAAUCUUAAAUCUAUAUACGAGA